AUGGAAAAAUCAUCAUCGAAUAAUUCUACGAAUAAAAAACGACCAUCAACAAUAGUACAAACUGAUUGUAAAAUUUGUGGAGCUCCUGCUAAAUAUUCAUAUUUUGGCGUAGUUUCAUGUAAUUCAUGUAAGAUGUUUUUCAAACGAAAUGCUGAACGUGGAAAAGAAGUAUUGAAAUGUCGCUAUAGUGAUCAUUGUGAAAUAAACAUAACUAAUCGCCAUGUAUGCUCUCAUUGUCGAUUGAUCAAAUGUUUAAAUAGUGGAAUGCGAAUUGAAUUGAUUCGAGCUUCGUUUGCAAAAAGAAACAAACAAAAUCCAAAAGAAAAAUCAAUCAAAGAUUCAAAGCAAAUAACAUCAACUGCUUUAUGUAGAUUAAAUGAACCUGAACAGUUUCGUACUUUGAAUCUUUUACAAUCAGAUCAAUCAACAUUAAAUACUGAUCAAUGGAAUCUAAUCUCAAAUUUAUCGCAUUGUUAUGAUGAAUAUAGUGGACUAUCAAUAGGUGAACGUUUUAUGCUUGAACAAAAUGCUUUACCACUUAAAUUACGUUUUAAAAAAGAACCAAUAAAAGCAUUGAUUCAAAUGGCAUUAGAUAAAUGUCAAUCAUUAUACAAAAACAAUCAAGAUUUUACUUCUUUAUCUACAGAUGAUCGUUCUAUUUUACUACAUGCUACAUUUAAACAUGUAGCAAGUCUUUCAUCGAACUUCAUCAUCUAUAAAAUUCAAUUAAUGAAUUAUUCUGUUUAUUUCAAUGUUGUUGAAAUGAUUACUCAUCCAACUGCAUUACCUGUUGCUAAGCGUUUAGCAGAUCGACUUGAUUUUGAUAUGAUCAUUAUGAAAUUAUUUCUUGCUAUUCUUUCAUUUUCAACAAUUCACUAUACAGUUUAUUCAAAUACUCCUCCAGUAAAUUUAUCAAAUAUCAAAGAAAUCUUUCGUAUUCAAGAUACAUAUAUUGAAAUAGCAUGGCGAUAUUUACUUUACAAAUAUGAUUUUGAACGUGCUGUUCUAUGUUUAUCUGAUCUUAUUAGAUGUGUCUUUGUUAUUGAUGAAGGUGUUGUUAAAACACACAAUGUUCAAUGGCUUACAGAUACAAUCUCGUCGAUUGUUACUCAAACUGAAAAUACUCUUACUCUCAAUUAA